AUGCAUAUUACAUCUUUCUUUCUGGCCAUAGGCCUAGCCUCCGCGUUGGAUAAUGGCCUUGCGCGGACCCCCCAGCUAGGAUGGGACACAUGGAACUCAUUUGGCUGUAGCCUGAACGCAACUGUCAUUCUGGAAACGGCCCAAAAGAUAACCUCAUUGGGUUUUAAAGAUCUUGGCUAUAAUUACGUUGUCAUGGAUGACUGUUGGUCUGCAGGCCGUAACUCGUCAGGUUAUCUUGUACCAAAUAGCCAGAAAUUCCCCAACGGCAUCAAAGACCUGGCAGACAAGAUCCAUAACAUGGGGUUGAAGAUUGGAAUCUACUCUAGUGCAGGUACUAUGACUUGUGCACGGUACGCGGGUUCCCUGGGAUAUGAAGAGAAGGAUGCUUCUCUAUGGGCUAGCUGGGGAAUCGACUAUCUCAAGUACGACAACUGCUAUAACCAGGGCGAAGAAGGGACACCCAAGCUUUCAUAUGAUCGAUAUGAUGCCAUGGGUAAAGCUCUCAACUCCACCGGCCGACCUAUCCUCUAUUCCCUGUGCAACUGGGGUGUUGAUGGGCCUUGGAACUUUGCUCCGACUAUCGGCAAUUCCUGGCGUAUGAGUGGGGACCUGUUUAACACUUGGGACCGCCAGGAUGUGAAUUGCCCUUGUGCUGAACUGGAAGGACUCAACUGCAAGACUCCGGGUUACCAUUGUUCCGUUCUGAACGUCCUCGGCAAGGCCGUCUACAUCCCAUCCAAGGCGUAUGCUGGUGCAUGGAAUGAUCUUGAUAUGCUUCAGGUCGGAAACGGCGGCCUAACUGACGACGAGGCUAUUGCGCACUUCAGUCUCUGGGCAGCCCUCAAAUCACCCCUGCUGAUGACAAACGUCAUGACCAAGAUCGACGCACCUACUCUCUCCAUCCUGCAAAACACCGCCGUACUAGCCGUCUCACAGGACCCAGAGGGUUCAAGCGCCGUUCGCGUCUGGCGCUACAAUGUUGAUGGCGGCGAUAUCCAGAUGUUCAGCGGGUCGUUGAGCGGCGGCGACCAGGUCGUCUUGCUCCUGAAUGGCGGAUCCACUGCACGCGAAAUGAAUGCAACACUGACUGAAAUCUUCUGGAUGGAUGGUGUGAGUGGUACUGCGUCGCAGGUGCAGAGUUCUUGGGAUGUGUAUGAUCUCUGGGCUGAUCGGAUGAGUAACUCGACGGCGGAUGCGAUUAUUCAGGGUGACGGGAAGAGGCCAAUUAAUAUGACUGCAAUGGGCGGAGCAGAGAAGGUCUACGCGCAGACGCCCCUGCCGACGACCAAGGCGCUCAUGGGUUCGAAAGUUGGAAGUGUGAAGGCUGCUGGGACGGUGAAGGCUUUUGUUCAACCGCAUGGAGUUGCCAUGCUGCGAUUGAGGGAGGUCAAGUCAAAUGAUGAGCUGUGA